UAAAGUCGCGUCGGGGUGCCCACUGGUGCUCGAGCGCCCGCUCGACUGCAACCAUGGGUCUCGCAGAGUGGCUGCAGGUCCCCAUCGACGACAACGCCGCCUACAAAAACGAUGUCUGGACGAACAGGGACCUCAUCCCCAUCCCUGAGGACCGCCGCACUUGGGACAUCCUGGGCUAUCUUGGUUAUUGGGUCGUUGGCGGCGCUUGCAUCAGCGCAUGGACUACAGGAUCCACCAUGCUCAGCUACGGCCUGAACGCCCAGGAAGCCAUCGGCGCUGUCGUCGUCGGCAGCGUCGUCACCGGCCUCCUUGCCGUCUCCUGUGGCUGGAUGGGCGAGCGCCACAAGAUCGGCUUCACCGUCUCCAGCCGCUUCAUCUGGGGCAUGCGCGGCUCCUACUUCCCCGUCCUCUGUCGCAUCUUCACCGCCUGCUGCUGGACCGGAAUCCAGGGCUACUGGGGCGGCCAGGCCACCCGCGUCCUCAUCGGCGCCAUCAUCCCCGGCUUUGCGCACAUGAAAAACACCCUCCCAGAGUCCGCGGGCAUCACCACAAACGACCUCAUCGGCAUGCUCAUCUGGUACGCCGUCUUCGCGCUCACCAUCUCCAUCCCGCCCGAGCGCAUGCAGCGCCCCUUCUUCCUCACCUUCGUCCUCUUCGCCGGCACCGCGUUCGGCAUGCUCGCCUGGGCCGUCGCGCAGACCGGCGGGUCCGCAGGCCCGCUCUUCCACACGCGCAGCGCCGCGCCGCAGGGCCGCGGCUGGGCGUUCAUGUUCGGCGUCACCAGCCUCCUCGGCUCAUGGGGCGCGGGCACGCUCGGCCAGAGCGACUGGACGCGCUACGCGCGCCGCCCGCGCGCGCCGACGCUCUCCCAGGUGCUCGCGGCGCCGCUCACGAUCACGCUCACCGCGCUCAUCGGGAUCGUCGUCACCAGCUGCGGGCAGGCGGUGUUCGGCGAGGUGAUUUGGAACCCGAUAUACAUGCUCGCGGCGAUCCAGGAGCACUACGGCUCGUCGCCGCGCGCGCGCGCGGGCGUGUUCUUCGCGAGCCUCGGGCUCGUCGCCAGCCAGCUCGCGAUCAAUACCGUGCUCAACAGCGUGAGCACGGGCAUGGACAUGGCGGGGCUCGCGCCGCGGUACAUCAAUAUCCGCAGAGGCGGGUACGUGCUGUGUGUCGUCGGCCUCGCGAUCAAUCCGUGGCGGCUCGUGGGCACCGCGAACAAGUUUCUGACGGUCCUCUCGGGCUUUGGCGUCUUCCUCGCGCCGAUGACGGGCAUCCUCCUCGCGGAGUACCUCGUCGUGCGCAAGCAGAAGCUGCGUAUGAGCCACCUCUACCGCGGCGACUCGGGGAGCAUAUACUGGUAUUGGCACGGCUUCAACCCGCGCGUGGUCGUUCCGUGGCUGAUGGGCGUGUGGCCGCUGAUGCCGGGCUUCGUCGCGGGCGUGAACGGUGCGCGCGUCGCAGCCGGCUGGACGCGCCUCUUCAACCUCACCUUCGCCGUCGGGCUCGCCGUCAGCUUCGUCUGCACGCUGCUCGUCGACUGGGCGUUCCCGCCGCCGCACCUUGGCGAGGAGGACGAGUACCAUCCGUUUGUGGAGGAGCAGGAGGAGGGGGAGGAGAAGAAGGGCGUGGAGGUGGAGGAGAUUGUUGUAUGA